AUGCACCUAGACACUAUUCCUACUGAAAUUAUUCUUCUUAUUCUUACAAGUCUCGAAUUUUCAGGCAUAAAAAGCCUUUCAUGUGUGAACAGGCAGUUGCGCCAUAUUUGUAUUCCUCUGCUUUUUCAACGUGUGGAAUUCCAAUUCUCAAAAGAGGGAUUGAGAAAUCUUUCUCGCUUCAAUAGAUCAAAUAUUUCUCCCUACGUUCGGUGCUUCAGAUAUUCUGUUCCAGAUAUUAUCCGACCAGAAAAAGAUGUAACAGAUUUUCAGUAUUUCAAAUCCAAGAUAUUCACUCCUGAGGACUAUGUCAACCAACAAUUACGCGACUGUGAUUUGUCUCCAGAUUCAGGCAAUGGUUCUUCCUAUUUCUGGAUUUAUACCAAAAUCAGCCGUGUUUGUCGAGAACAGCGCCUUAUUCUUGAGAAUCAUACAGACCUUCACGCACUCACGCAUGCGUUCAAAAUCCUGCCGUCAGAAUUUGAAUUCAGCCUCGGUUUCAGUGAUAGCAUUGACGACUUGUUGCACCAGUGGCAAGUUCCGGCUUUAGAAAUGAGAGAAAAUACAUUUAAGCACCAUGCCCUGGUUAUUACACGGGCUUUGUCAAAUGCUAAGGAUUCGAGACUGCAUCCAAUCACCCUCCGCCUUUCAAACUUCUCUCUAUUCUGGGGACAUGACUGGAAUUGCUUGAAUACCAGGAUGCUCGCAACACCUCUUCAACAGUUGUUUUGCCAUAUGAAAGAGGUAGUUCUGGAAGGUGACUAUCGUUAUUUCCCCCUAGAAGCCAUUUCUAGCGCAACACCAAGCUUGCGCCAGCUAAUAUUAUGCUGUAUCACAGUCAGUCAUGUUGCAUUGGGCACUUUCUUAGACACUAAUCGUCUAACUCUUCGUUGUAUCGGGUUCUGCAAUGUCCAGCUAGUUGGUGAAAGUGGCAUCAUAGGCCCGUAUGAGCUGUCCACAUUCUUGGACUUGUUAAGACCUGGGAUACCCAAAGCGCAUUGCUGCGGAAGAGAUCAACGUAUGUUAUGGUUACUAUAA